GCCGGCGCUCCGGCGGCAGAGCCGAGCCGCGGCAGCCCCCGGCCGGGGCCGGUGGGGCCAGUGAGGGGCAGGAUGCCGGUGAUGAAGGGCUUGCUGGCCCCGCAGAACACCUUCCUGGACACCAUCGCCAACAGGUUCGAUGGGACACACAGCAAUUUCAUCCUGGCCAAUGCUCAGGUUCACCGUGGCUUCCCCAUUGUCUACUGUUCUGAUGGCUUCUGUGACCUCACUGGCUUUGCCCGCACUGAAGUCAUGCAGAAGAACUGCAGCUGCCGCUUCCUGUAUGGGCCUGAGACCAGUGAGCCUGUCCUGCAGCGCAUUGAGAAGGUGCUGGAUGGCAAGCAGGAGUAUCAGACCGAGGUCUGCUUCUACAAGAAGGGCGGAACAGCCUUCUGGUGCCUGCUGGACAUUUUGCCCAUCAAGAAUGAAAAGGGUGAAGUUGUUCUCUUCCUCUUCUCCUUCAAAGACAUCACUGAGAGUAGGGGCAAGAACCACCAGAGUGACCGGAAGGAUGAAAAGCACAGGAGCAAGAAGGCAGGAAGCUUGCACCUGCGGGCAGCACGGAGGCAGGGUCGGACAGUGCUGCACCAACUCACCAGCCAAUUCUCCCGGAAGGACCGGGGAGAAAUGAAGAUCAGCAGUAACGUCUUGGAGAACAAGCUGUCUAUCCCCGAGUACAAAGUGGCCUCGGUGCAGAAGUCCCGCUUCAUCCUGCUGCACUACAGCAUCUUCAAGGCCCUGUGGGAUUGGCUCAUCCUGCUGGCCACCUUCUACGUGGCUGUCACUGUCCCUUACAACGUCUGCUUCACCAGCACCGAGGACAGCCUGUCAGCUGCCCGCAGCACUAUUGUCAGUGACAUCGCAGUGGAGAUGCUCUUCAUCCUGGACAUCAUCCUGAACUUCCGCACCACCUACGUGAGCCAGUCGGGGCAGGUGGUAUAUGACACCCGCUCCAUCUGCAUCCACUAUGUGGCCACGUGGUUCUUCGUGGACCUCAUCGCUGCCUUGCCCUUUGAUCUCCUUUAUGCCUUCAAUGUGACUGUGACCUCACUGGUGCACCUGCUGAAGACUGUACGUCUCCUGCGGCUUUUGCGGCUCCUGCAGAAGCUGGACAGGUAUUCCCAGUACAGCGCCAUGGUGCUCACCCUGCUUAUGUCCAUGUUUGCGCUGCUUGCACACUGGAUGGCCUGCAUCUGGUACGUCAUCGGUCGGAAGGAGAUGGAAAGUAAUGACCCCCUGACCUGGGACAUUGGCUGGCUCCAUGAGCUGGGCAAGAGACUGGAGGCACCGUACAUCAACAACUCUGUGGGAGGCCCUUCCAUCCGCAGCGCCUACAUUGCUUCCCUCUAUUUCACCCUGAGCAGCCUGACCAGCGUGGGCUUUGGCAAUGUGUGCGCCAACACCGAUGCUGAAAAGAUCUUCUCCAUCUGCACCAUGCUCAUUGGGGCACUGAUGCAUGCUGUGGUGUUUGGCAAUGUCACAGCCAUCAUCCAGCGCAUGUACUCACGCCGCUCGCUCUACCACACCCGCAUGAAGGACCUCAAGGACUUCAUCCGUGUCCACCGCCUCCCACAGCAGCUGAAGCAGAGGAUGCUGGAGUACUUCCAGACCACCUGGUCAGUGAACAACGGCAUCGAUGCCAAUGAGCUGCUGCGCGAUUUUCCUGACGAGCUACGGGCUGACAUUGCCAUGCACCUCAACAAGGACAUCCUGCAAUUACCACUCUUCGAGGCAGCCAGCCGAGGCUGCCUGCGUGCCCUCUCUCUGCACAUCAAGACCUCCUUCUGCGCUCCGGGCGAGUACCUGCUACGCCAGGGUGAUGCUCUGCAGGCCAACUACUUUGUCUGCUCUGGCUCCCUCGAGGUCCUGAAGGACAACAUGGUGCUGGCCAUCCUGGGGAAAGGGGACUUGAUUGGGGCAGACCUGCCCAGCAAGGAGCAGGUGAUCAAAACCAACGCGGAUGUCAAGGCGCUGACCUACUGUGACCUUCAGUACAUCAGCUUGCGUGGCCUUUUCGAGGUGCUAGAGCUAUACCCUGAGUACUCCAGCAAGUUCAUGGCUGACAUCCAGCAGGACCUGACCUUCAACCUGCGGGAGGGCAGUGAGGCAGAGGGGCUCCUCCGAUACUCCAGAUCCCCUCGGCUGUCCCAGCCUCGCUCAGAGAGUGGGAACACCCCUGAGAAGCCCCUUCCAUCCAUCCAUGAGGACGAAGAGGAGCCCGAUGACUUCUUCCACCCCUCACCAGCCACCAUCACGCGCCGGAAGCUGCUGCUGCCCAACCUUAAUAGUCCCGUGCGCCGUGGAUCCCUCAGCAGCCUGCUAGGUGAUGACCUGCGGCAGUUCUCAGCUCUGCGGCGUACCUGCCGCUCUCCUGCCCACUGUACCAGGGGCAGGAGCCCCUCCCCGCAGUGCCGGAGAGGCAACCGGCCCUCGGAGAGUGAGAGCAGCAAUGGCCGGAAGCCAGCCAAGCUGCUGAUCCCCUCCCUGAACACCUAUGGCCCCCCGGACCUCAGCCCCAGAGUUGUUGACGGGAUUGAAGAUGAUGGUGGGACAUCAGAGACGCAAGCCUUCCAUUUCAAUGUGGACCCGCCCCUGCCGAGCUCGACCACAGAUUCACCCUUGUCAGGGACAGAGCAAGCCUUAGCAGCAGAAGCAGAGGAGAUAAAGCAGAACGUCCAGAGACUGAACCAAGAGAUCAGUAACCUCAACCGGGAAGUUUCCCACCUCAGCCGAGAGCUGCAACACAUGAUGCACAUUCUGCAGACCCAGCUGGGCGCCCAGCCACUGUGCGGCCCCACCCUGGCCUGCCCUUACAGCCUCCACAGCCUCUCCUCUCCGGAACCCAGUGGUGGAAGCGAGCAGUCACCUGUUCCACCUUUGGCUCAUGUGUCCAUCAUGGUGCCGCUAUCACCUGCAAGCAGGGGAGCUUCUCCCAACACCGCCUCUGCCAAGCUCCCCAGCUUCAGGAGCCCCCAUGACACUAGCCCGCAGGGCGAGGGGUCCCCCGCUCAGAGAGACUUACCCCAUGUCCCCUGCAGCCCCUCUUACCACCCCCCACUCCCAUUGUCGGACACAGAGAGGGCCUGCUUCUCACAGACAGAAGUGCAGUGUGCCCAGUUGCCCACCUGUGUCCCAUUGCAGCUGGGCUCUCCAACGCUGUGCUCCCUCACUGCACCUUCCUCUGGAUCCAUACAGGCCUUCCCCUGCUGCUCGGCUCAGAGCCACCCACCCUCGCACGUGCACCUCAGGUCCAGCUCGGAAAGCUUCCACUGACACCACGGCCCCCCCAAGUCCUGCUGCUGCAACCCACCGGGGGUGCCCUCCAUCACUGGCCUCCGUCGUUGCCAUGGAGACUGCGAUGGAUGGAUGGAAGGAGGCUGGGCCCAGCCGGUGGCUGAUGACCGACACCAUUGGUCUGCAAAUGGCGGGUUUUCCUCAUAUUUGCAGAUUUCACUGCAAGAGUUGGGUAGGGGAAGGGAGAACCCUCCCAGCCUGCACUCAGCCUGGCUUCCUGGGUAGCUUCCAACUCCAGUAACCUGGUCUCAGCCCCUCCUUUGCUGAGCAGACUAGUUUUCUAUUAGAUGGCUUUUUUUUUUUUUUUACCUUUGGGAAGAGGAAUUUAUUCCAGAGCCUUAGAACUCCUCCAAGGAUCUAAGCACAAGCCUGGUUCCCCAGGACCACCCUGGGUCAUCUGCAUGGCCAGGCACCUCCCUGCUCUCCUGGCUUUGGAGCCUGAGAUGUCUGCUCCCCACUCACCCUCCACGCAGUGGCCAGCUCUGCGAGGUUUGACGCCACACUAGAGAAUGUAGCUCUGUUAAUUAAACAGGAUGAACUCCUCUCACCCUGCGCUGACGGCCUCACAGGUGCCAGCAGCAAAGGGUUCUGGCACCGUUUGCAGAGGAAGCAGCCUGCUUAGGAACUGAGUGAUGCUGACAGAGGGCAGUGAUGCUGGGAAAGCAAUGUUUCAGGUAUGUUCUCUGACUGUGCUCUGUUGGACUCUGCUGAAAUCCCUGGAGUUGCACUGGGGCCUGUUUUUUCAGCAAGCCUGGGUCCUCAUCCUCCUAGCACUCAUCCUGGAAUCUUCCCCUUUCCCUUGCGCCUGUCCUGCUUGGUUUGGUUAUCAGGCUCGGGUUUCAGGAGCUGAAAUAUGGGUAUGACCAGCAUAUGUGACUCUUGGGAUUAGCUUCUCCAGGGCCUGCAUGUUAAGGGCAUGUGUAAGCUUCCCUGUGGGGCCCUGGAGCUUAGACCUAUACCUGCAGCUAGCCCAGCAGGCUGCUGCAGAACCCUUAACCUCAGUCCACAUCAGUGGCUCCUGGAUGGAGACUACGUGUCCCAGUGGGCAGUGGUAACUCCCCCUACCCUGCCCUUCGUGGUCUGUAGUCCAUGCCCUGCUUUGUUCUUGACCCUGUUGCUGCAGCUCCUGACUAAAGAUGACAUCCUUUUUCAGCAUGAGCUGUAGAAGCUCAAGCUCCUGGUGGAGGGGUGUCAUCCGUGACAAUGUGUGUAGCUCUGAGUGUCCUUAUCGCAGUAGAGCAGUGCAUGCUGGGACCCAGCAUCUCCCAGCUUGUACAGAAAUGACCCAAUUCAGUGCUGACACAAACAAGUGCAUCUCCCUCUGAGUCUGAAGUGCCUGGAAGUGGUGCCCACUUCUGCUGUGGCUGGCUGCAGUUCCUUGUGCCCAGGGAGGGGUCUCCCCUCUGGAUACAGAGAGGGAGGCUGCAGGCUUGCUGGGCACGAGCAUCUUCCCCCUCCUGACCUCUCUCAGUUCACCCACACUUAGAAACCCCCUUCCUGUUCUGCCAACUCUGAGCCUGCAACCCUCUUGAACUAGAAUGCUCUACUGCCCAAUGCUCCUGCAGUGCAGCCAGGUUUGCUAGCACCUGCAAAGGGACUUGACCUGGGCCUUCAGCUAUCAAGGCCAUGAGGAGGAUAUUACCCAGCCCAGAGCUGCCCCCCACAGGGGCAGACUUGGUUUCUGCUGCACUGGUUCCUCAAGGCUGGCUUGCAGGUGCAGUAGGGUAGCAAAUGCAGCUAGUCAGGUCCUGCAUUGAAAUAGCAGUCCCUGGGAAAUGGGGACAAGGCUGCUUCAAGCCCCACGCUCGACUCUCAGCCCUAAUGCCCCAGAACUUCUGGUUGUGACCAGGGUGUGAAUUAAGGGGGCAUUUGGGGGGGGCUGAGCCCACCCAUAAGAGACAAGAGCUCCCCUGUAAGAUUUGAAAAUCAUAACUUGGGGGGUCUUGAUCAGAUUGCUUUUUUACUUUGGUGGGCUUGUUAAUCAAUGAACCGGUUUAAUUUUUUUUGCAGACACUCCCCCAAGAGUCAAAGUGUAAUUCAAACCCUGGUUGUAACUCAAGUGAGGGACCAAGGGUUGGAAGGCAGCCAGGCCAGAGCUUGCUCCGCCUCUGCAACCCAGCUGUGUUCACUGGUUGGUGCUAGCUGAGCAACUCCUAAUGCUGGCUGAGCAGCUCUGGGUCCAGCAGCACCCAUUUCUCUCCCUGGUAACCAACACGCCUGAUUUCCUCCCCACAGAUGUCACUGAAGUUACAUCUGAUUUUCAUGGGUUCAGGUGAGGUAAGAGCUGGGCCCAGUGUCCCUGCAGUGGCAGGAGGAAAGGAGUUGAUCUGAUCUAAGUGUGUGGGGUGGGGCAGUAUUGCAUGGGGGCAUGCAGGGUUCAGCACAGCCUGCAUAAGUGGGCUUCCCAAGAGAGAGGGUCCCCUGUGAAUGCAGGAGCUGGCUGAGUCCAGUUCUGGGUUGCCCAUCUCCUUGCACUCACCAGUGACAGCUGCAGAUCUGUGGGUAUGGGAAGGCAGAGCAGAUUCCUCAAGGUACCAUGGGCCCAUUCACAGGUGACUGUGACCUCAGUGGGAAGCAGCUCCCAGAGCCUCUGUCUCUGAGUGCAGCCCCUGACUACUGUUUUUUGGCACAAGGAGUUCUAUGGUUCCUGGCAAUGGUUGACCAGAUGGGAGGGGUCCAGCCCCAUAUGUAGGAGCUGAGUAGACAUGCAGCAGUGGAGGGGAGGGGGGGAUGGUUCCUUAAUGCAGCCCCUGCACCUGAAUGGACAGGUGAAAGCAGGGUCCAGGGUACCUGUAUGUACCCUGGAGCACAAAGAGGCAGGGGCAAGUGAAUCACAGUAAACCAAAUACAUCUGCUUGAAUGCCUUUGGCUGCUGGCAGGAAAUGCAUGCUGCUCUGCUAGUGCUGGUUGAGAGGAUGGCUGUUCUAAUGCAUGGAUAUAGCCUGAGAAAAGCAGUUGCUGCCCAUGCUGAUUUAGAUGACUUGGCAAAGAGAGGGUUAAGACUCCUCCUGUCCCCAGCUCUCCCAGUCCUGCACCUGUGUUGGCCAUUUGUCAUAGUAUUCAUAGUUUAUUGUAUUCAUAGAAAGAAGUAGGGUUGGAAGGGACCUUGUAGAUCUUCAAGUCCGAACCCCUGCCUGGGCAGGAGGAAAACUGGGCUUAAAUGACCCCAGCCAGGUAGGCAUCGAGCUGCUUCUUAAAGACCCCCAGGGUAGGAGCCAGCACCACUUCCCUUGGAAGUUGAUUCCAGAUCCUAGCCGCCCUAACUGUGAAGUAGUUCUUAUGGAUGUCCAAUCUAAACCUACUCUCCAACAACUUGUGGCCGUUAUUCCUUGUUAUCCGGGGGGGGCGCUUGGGGAAACAAGGUCUCCCCCAAACCAUUCUGGUCCCCCCUAGUGAGUUUAUAGAUGGUCACAAGGUCCCCCCUCAGCCUUCUCUUGUGAAGGCUGAACAGGUUCAGGUCCCGUAGCCUCUCAUCGUAGGGUCUGCCCUGCUGUCCCCGGAUCAUGCGGGUGGCCCUCCUCUGGACCCUCUCAAUGUUGUCCACAUCCCUCUUGAAGUGGGGUGCCCAGAACUGGACACAAUACUCCAGCUGUGGCCUGACCAGUGUCGCAUAGAGGGGGAGGAUCACCUCCUUGGCCCUACUUGAGAUGCACCUGUGGAUGCACGAUAGGGUCCGGUUAGCCCUGCCGACCGUGACCUCGCAUUGUCGGCCCAUGUUCAUCUUGUAGUCAAUGAUGACUCCAAGAUCCCUUUCUGCCUCCGUGCUCUCAAGAAGGGAGUUUCCCAUCUUCUAAGUGUGCUGCUGGUUACUACUGCCCAAAUGCAGCACCCUUGAAUGAGUCUGUCCCCCUGCUGCAUGAUAGUGCAUGCCAUCAGUCCUUUGCUUAGCCCUUAGCCUUGCAAAUGUAUUUAAAUGCAUCUGGACUGUUGCAACUGGAUUGUGGCACCUGGGCAUUUAGGUGAACGUGUGGACACAGGAGGAGGGGUGGAUGUCGUAUACUUAGACUUCAGGAAGGCCUUUGAUGCGGUAUCCCACCCCAUACUGGUGAACAAGUUAAGAGGCUGUGAUGUGGAUGACUACACAGUCCGGUGGGUGGCGAAUUGGUUAGAGGGUUGCACCCAGAGAGUCGUGGUAGAUGGGUCGGUCUCGACCUGGAAGGGUGUGGGCAGUGGGGUCCCGCAGGGCUCGGUCCUUAGACCGAUACUCUUUAAUGACUUCAUCAGCGACUUGGACAAGGGAGUGAAAUGUACUCUGUCCAAGUUUGCAGAUGACACAAAGCUAUGGGGAGAAGUGGACAUGCCGGAGGGCAGGGAACAGCUGCAGGCAGACCUGGAUAGGUUGGACAAGUGGGCAGAAAACAACAGGAUGCAGUUCAACAAGGAGAAAUGCAAAGUGCUGCACCUAGGGAGGAAAAAUGUCCAGCACACCUACA